AUGGAUUUUGCUUCUACGUCGAAUGCCAGUAAGGACUUGGAGAAUAGUGACGAUUACUAUGAGUUGCACAAACGUGAUUUUAAACAGGUCACCAAUGAAAGUGAUCAAUUUGAGGAGGAUUACAACGAACUGAAGGGUGCUGAAACCUACGAGGAAACCAAACUCUCUUGGUUCUCUAGAUUUGCAGCUAUUACUGCUCAAGCAGAGACAAAAGGUGUCGAACCUAUUACGGACGAAGAGAAGAAUGACCCUUCUUUGCUUAACGCUGCUUCAAUGUGGUUUUCAGCAAACAUGGUCAUUGCCGCUUAUGCUAUCGGUAUCUUAGGUCCAAUAGCCUUUGGCAUCAAUUUUGGUACUUCUGUUUUAUGCAUUUUCUUCUUCAACAUCAUCGGUGGUAUUUCUGUUGCAUUUUUCUCUGUGUUUGGUGCAGAAUUUGGGUUGAGACAGAUGAUUUUGUCCAGAUUCUUGGUUGGAAAUGUCACUGCUAGAAUAUUUUGUGUUAUUAAUAUUGUUGCAUGUGUUGGCUGGGGUGCUGUUAACACUUUAGUCUCGGCUCAACUUCUGAAUACCAUCAACGAACCUCAUGAAAUUCCUCUAUGGGCCGCAUGUCUUGUGAUCGUUGGUGGCACUUUCAUCAUUUCUUUCUUCGGUUACAAUGUCAUCCAUGCUUACGAGAAGUGGUCAUGGGUCCCAAAUUUAGCUGUUUUCUUUGUCAUUAUUGCUCAAUUAUCUAAAUCGGGUCACUUCACAAAUGGUCCAUGGGGUGGUGGUCCAACCACUGCUGCAGGUGUAUUGACGUUUGGUAGUACUAUAUAUGGUUUUGCUGCCGGUUGGACUACAUACGCUGCUGAUUACACAGUUUACAUGCCAAGAAAUACUAAUAAGUAUAAGAUUUUCUUUUACUUAUUGUUAGGUUUAUUAACACCAUUAAUCUUCACAAUGAUCUUAGGUGCUGCAGCUGGUGCUGCAGCUGUUAACAAUCCAGAAUGGUUAAAUUACUAUAAUACUAACAGAGCUGGUGGUUUAACUUAUGCUAUUCUAGCGGUUGAUUCGUUGGGUGGUUUUGGUGAAUUCUGUUGUGUCUUAUUAGCGAUGUCCACCAUUGCGAACAAUAUUCCAAACAUGUACACUAUUGCGUUAUCUGUCCAAGCUCUUUGGGAGCCAUUAUCUAAGGUUCCAAGAGUUAUUUGGACCAUUAUUGGUAACCUGUUUGUUUUUGGUUUGUCCGUCGCAGCUGUUUACUGUUUUGCUGGAUUUAUGGAAAACUUCAUGAACUCCAUCGGUUACUAUUUAUCUAUUUACGUUGGCAUUUCGUGUUGUGAACAUUUUCUGUUCAGAAAAGGCUUCAAAGGCUACAAUAUCGAAGACUGGAACGAUACUUCCAAAUUGCCUGUGGGUUACGCCGGUACUGCAGCAUUGAUUGUUGGUAUCUUUGGUGUUGCUCUGGGCAUGUCACAAUCGUACUGGACCGGUGAGAUCGGUAUAUUAAUUGGCGGCGGCGCCGACAUCGGGUUUGAACUUGGGAUGAGUUGGUCUUUCCUUACAUACAUGGUUUUAAGACCCAUCGAGUUGAAAUAUGUUGGCCGCUAG